GCUGAGGAAGGAGGCCUGAGCAGGCGGCACCCAGGUGGAAGCGGCAGGGCCCGCUGAGGCGAACACCGCCGCCCCGCCCGCCGAGCCAGUCCUGCCGCGUCAGGCGGCCCCGGCCCCGCAGUCCCCGCCCGGCGGCGGCGCUGCCCGGCUGGUUCCACAACUUUUUGACAGUUUCUCAGCGGCCGAGGAGGGGGGAAAACAGCUUGGGCUCCGGCUGCGCUGGGGCCGUGAGCGCUCUCCGGAGGAACGAAGCCCCCCUCUCCCCGCCGGCACCAUGUCCCGGGACCCCGAGGAGGUGAACAGGCUGACGGAGAGCACCUACAAGAAUGUUAUGGAACAGUUCAAUCCGGGACUGCGGAAUUUAAUAAAUCUGGGGAAGAAUUAUGAAAAAGCUGUUAAUGCUAUGGUAGUGGCUGGAAGAGCAUAUUAUGAUAGUCUUGCAAAGAUUGGUGAUAUAUCAGCUGAUUCUCCUGUUUCUAAAGAAUUAGGCCAAGUUCUCACAGAAAUUUCAAGAACACACAAGAAACUUAAUGACAGUCUAGAGGAAAGUUUCAAAAAAUUUCAUAAAGAAAUUAUAUCUGAACUGGAGAAGAAAACAGACCUGGAUGUAAAAUAUAUGACUGCAACUUUAAAGAGGUACCAAAACGAACACAGAAGCAAAUUAGAUUCUCUAGAGAAGUCUCAGGCUGAGCUGAAAAAAAUCAGAAGGAAAAGCCAAGGAGCACGAAAUGUAAUGAAAUAUGAGCAUAAAGAAAUGGAGUAUUUGGAAACCGUGAACUCUCGACAGACUGAUAUUCAGAGGUUUAUUGCAGAAGGCUGUAGAGAAGCUCUACUUGAAGAAAAAAGAAGAUUCUGUUUUCUGGUUGACAAGCACUGCAGUUUUACCCAGCACAUGCACUUCUAUCAUGUUCAGUGUGCAGAAUUCCUCAACUCCAAGCUGCCUGGGUGGCAGGAAAUUUGUAGUGAUGCUACCAAAGUGCCUGAAAAAGUCAAAAUGAUGAUAGACGAAAUAAGGACACCUGGUUCCACUCCAAUAUCAGGAACACCACAGCCUUCACCAAUGAUAGAGAGAAAUACCAUGAUUGGAAAUGAUUUUUAUACUCUUUAUGAAAAUGCAUCAAGGGUGCCCCCUGCUCCUACAGGUAGGGCAUGCACUAGUCCACUGGUCGAUAUGUUUAACAAUCCUGCAACGGUUCCAAAGACAUCUUCCGAAAGACUAAAUUCAGCAGAGAAUUCAGAAGAUGCCAAUUUAUCACGUUCAACUUCUGUUGCCACAGGGUUGAAUAUAAUGAAGAGGCAAAAAGUGAAGACAAUCUUCCCACAUACUGCUGGAAGUAACAAGACAUUACUUAGCUUUGCACAGGGGGAUAUCAUCGUACUUCUUGUAGCUGAAGAAAAGGAUGGCUGGCUUUAUGGGGAACAUGAGUCAACCAAAGCAAAAGGAUGGUUUCCAUCAUCGUAUACUAGACCACUGGAAGAACCAGCAGAAGAAAAAGCAUUUGCCCCAGUGCCAAGCCCUGCACCAAUUAGAAGUAUUAGUUCUGUGAAUCUUGCAGAAAAAGCUGGUGUUGUCCUCCCACCACCAGACUAUCUGGGGUCUUCACAAACAGGUUCAUCGUCAGAUAAGAGAAUGGAGUCUUCCAAAGGUACUACUGUUAAAACACCAACUGACAGACCAGAAAACGUUGGUCAGAAACCUGAUAUGAAUGGCAUUGUAAAACCACCCUUUCUAAGUGGAGAAAAUCCAUUUGCAACUGUGAAACUCAGACCAACAGUAACAAACGACAGAUCAGCACCAAUUAUUCGAUGAAUAUACAACAUAUAUACACUUCCUCCUUAUAAACAUCAUUUUCAGUAAUGUCAAUUGCUAUCUAAAGUUGUUCUAAAAAAGAUUAUUUAAAUGUAAUUACUGUACAAUAGAAUCAUACUGGAAUGGAUUUGUGAUUUUUAAAAACCUAUACUUUCUAAUGAGGUUAUCGCUUUGGGCUACUGUUUGAGCACUUUAGCUUGAUUUUAUGGUAUGCCUUUUUGUAGUAGGACAAUUGUGAAAAUACUGGAGGUAGUUUGGAUGCUGUAGAAAAUCUGAGUUAACUAAUAGCUCAAAUCUGAAUCUUUGGCAUUUGCUAUUUGGAAAUUGCAAUGGUAAGUUCUAGAAUGCAAGUCUGCGUAUGCCACUUACUAAAUUAGAAAAGGCUAACUUUUUUUUUCCAAAUUCAGCAGUGUAACAAUUGCCUUAUUAUGCCAGAAUAGAGAAUUGCCUGUAUAAAAUUAUACAUUAUUUUGUUUAAAAAAGAUACCCUAGGUCAUAAAUAAAUAUUUAUCCUCUAAGCAUAGACACAUUUGUAAUGCUUUGCUUAAUGUUCAGAUAUAAGUUUUUAAAUGUUAGGACUAAGCCUAAUGCAUUGUCAACACAUUCUUCAAUGAUUUUUUUUUCUUUAACACAUUGUCAAACUUUAGCCUUAUAAAAGUUGUUAAUAAUAAGGAAGUGCCAUGAUU